GCAAAUGGAAAAACCCCAGUACAACGCAACCCCGGAGUUUUCAAACUAAAAGACAUUGAUUAACUUAACUGGAGCAAAGGUUAACGCCCUCCCACUUCUACUGUACCCCACUCUCCUUUUUCUUUGCAGCCAUUUUUCCGCGGUCUGCCUAGUUAGUGCAACCAAAUAAAGAAGGGUCAAGAGUCACCAGCUUUUCUAACGCGUGGAUAUGGCAAACAUGUUACCAUCAUCAUCAAACGGGCUGGAACCAGCUACAAACGGGCUGGAACCAGUUACAAACGGACUGGAAUCAGCUGCUAACGGGCUGGAAUCAGCUAAUCUCCAUGACCUGAGUGAGCCUUUUGUUGACAACUCAGAGGGGCAACUCUUCUUGAAUGAAGCCUUCAAGAUUAUUGUGGAGGAGGUGCUCUGCAGGGGCACGGAUGUCAAGCAAAAGGUUUGUGAGUGGAAAGAGCCGGAGCAGCUGACUCUGCUGCUAGAUCUGGAGCUGAGGGCGACAGGAGAGUCACAGCAGCAGCUCCUACAGAGAGUAAAAGAUGUCGCCAAGUACAGUAUCAAGACAAGUCACCCACGUUUUUUCAAUCAGCUGUUUGCAGGAGUCGACUAUCAUGCCCUGGCAGGCCGAUUCCUCACUGAGGCUCUCAACACAAACCUCUACACCUAUGAGGUGGCCCCGGUGUUUGUGCUGAUGGAGAUCGAGGUCCUGAGAGGGCUGCGGCAGCUGGUCGGCUGGACAGAAGGAGAUGGUCUUUUCUGUCCUGGAGGUUCCGUUUCUAACAUGUACGCCAUAAACCUUGCACGCUACCAACUCUUCCCAGAGGUCAAAACCCAGGGGCUGUGGGGUCUCCCCCGACUAACCAUCUUUACAUCUCUAGAGAGCCAUUACUCUGUGAAGAAAGGAGCUGCCUUUCUGGGCAUUGGGACAGACAAUAUCAUCUUGGUGAAAGUGGAUGAUGGAGGUCGCAUGAUUCCAGAGGACCUGGAUGAAAAGAUAAAGCUGGCAAAAUCUCAGGGUGCUGUGCCUUUGCUUGUCAGCUGCACAGCAGGGACCACAGUGCAGGGUGCGUUUGACCCACUGGACCACAUAGCUGAUAUCUGUGAGAAACACAAGCUCUGGAUGCAUGUAGACGCUGCUUGGGGAGGGAGCGUGCUCUUUUCCAAACAACACAGACAUCUGAUGAAAGGGGUUGACAGAGCAAAUUCAGUCGCCUGGAAUCCACACAAGAUGCUGACUGCUGGCCUGCAGUGUUCUGCCUUGCUGCUACAGGAUACCACGAACUUGUUGAAGAAGUGCCACAGUGCUAACGCCACAUACCUCUUCCAGCAAGACAAAUUCUAUGAUGUGAAUCUGGAUCUCGGGGAUAAGUCGAUACAGUGCAGCCGCAAGGUUGACUGUGUGAAGUUAUGGUUGAUGUGGAAAGCUGUUGGCUCCAGUGGCUUGGCCAAGCGUGUAGACAAAGCUUUUAUCCAUGCAAGGUAUCUGGUGGAGCAGAUGAAGAAAAGAGAAGGGUUUCAUCUUUUGCGUGAGCCGGAGUUUGUGAAUGUAUGCUUCUGGUUUAUACCACCCAGUAUAAGAGGGAAGGAAGGGAAUAAAGAUUACCAGGACAGACUGGCAAAAGUAGCUCCAGUCAUCAAGGAACGCAUGAUAAAAGAAGGCACUAUGAUGGUGGGCUACCAACCUUUGGGAAACAAGGUCAACUUUUUCCGCAUGGUUGUUUGCUCUCCACUGCUGUCCGAGAAGGAUAUGGACUUCUUUCUUGACGAAAUUGAAAGACUAGGAAAAGACUUGUGAACACAGAAAACUUAUAAGAUGUACAUAAUUGUCUAUCUAAAAUGAAUGGUUGCGUACAAAGCCUUCCAUUGUAACAUCAGAAA